AAUAAGUUACAAAAAUCUGAUCGACAUGUAGAGCAACCUUAAUUCACUACAAUAAUUUUGUAUUCCCGUAACUAAUACUAAAAUAAUUUAUUUUACAAAUGGUCGGUAAACUACGCACUUAAGAUCUACCUGGAAAAAUGCUUGCUGAAAAAGAAGCAGAAUUGCGCCAAUUAUGUACUGCUGAUUUUUCGUCAGCUUUAGUAGGAAAAAUCUAUGACUUAAUUCUUCUUCGAAUCGACGUGAAUGCAAAGGGAGAAGACGAAAGAAAUGCGCUGCAUUGUUUGUGUGAAUACAAUGCAAGUUCCAAUUUAAUCGACGCAAUGAAACUGUUGAUUGAAGCCGGAAUCGACGUAAACGCAAAAGGAGAAGAAGAAAGAAAUGCGUUGCAUUUUUUGUGCGAAUACAAUGCAAGUUCCAACUUAAUCGACGCAAUGAAACUGUUAAUCGAUGCCGGCAUCGACGUAAACGCGAAGGAAAAAGCCGGAUGGAACGCGCUCCAUUUUUUAAGUGAAAACAAUGCAAGUUUAAACUUGAUCGGAGCAAUCGAACUUUUAAUCCAAUCCGGAAUCGACGUGAAGGCAACGGACAGGGAUGGAUGGAAUGCGCUUCAUUUUCUGUGUCGUUUUCAUUCAAGCUCAGAAUUGAUCACAGCAAUUGAAAUCUUAAUCGCACAAGGGAUCAAUGUAAACGCAAACGACGAUAAAGGGUGGAAUACGCUCCAUUUCUUAUGUCGACACAGUUCAAACUCAAACUUAACCGACGCAGUUAAACUCUUAAUUCAACAUGGGAUCAAUGUGAACACGGAGACCAACAGUGGAUCGAAUGCGCUCCAUUAUCUUUGCCGAAAUAAUUCAAGCUCGAACUUAAUCAACGUCAUUAGAAUCCUAAUCCAAAAGGGAAUACGCGUCAAAUGCAAUGGCCACGAUGCACGAUCUAUGUUACGCGGACGUCAUGGAAUAUCCAACGUGGAUGGAAUCAUAAAAUUCCUGGACGUAGCAUCUCGUGGCCAAGGUUAAGUCAACAAAGAU